UAUAGCUCACGUUCUUGGCUACGUUCAGGUCUUGUUCAGCUGAACGAAGAAGGUAGUCGAGAUGGGGUUCGGAGGCCGUGUUCUAGCGUGUGUUUUGGCCCUGGCUUCGGCUGGACUCGCGAUGGAAUGUCCCGCAGGAUUCUUCGAAGCAGCAGGCGGGUGUUUCGUGGUCCACACCCAGCCUAGCACCGGCCAGACCGACCUGGACUGGGCAGGAGCAAGGACUCUCUGCCAAGGACUCUCGGACUCGGUCUGGACUGUCGACUUGGCCGUGUUCGAUUCCUCGGAGCAGUUGGCAGCGGUUUCGGAGGCGUGGAUCACGAUCGGCGCCUCCUACCCCUACGCCUACCCGUACAUGUGGAUCGGCGUGGAGCGACAGGGCGAGGCGUGGACUUGGCUCGAUGGAAGACCCUUGUCGCGCUUCUCCAACAUGUGGCGCGUCGACUAUCCUGACGAAGCCUACGACACGGGCGUCUACCUCGAGGAUUACGGACUGUCCAACGGCGCCAACGUCUUCGGGAGGCUGUACGUCGGGAAUUCAGGACACAAGUGGCUGCGUCGCUACAUGUGCCGGGCGAAGUAGGAGGUCGGGGUUGUGGAAUGGGGGGUGGAUCUGCGUCUCGUGGAAGCGCCGUGUUAAGAUCUAAGAAUAUAAGUUAUGAAGGAGUUGUC